GCCCGAACAGAGAGCAUUCCUGAGCUCGUGCAGCCUACAGAAGCUCGGUGCGUCUGAUCCGCAGCACCCUCGGUCCAUUUCGCGCGGCCCGAGUCCUGUGGGAUUCGCAGAGCCCAGGUUGGGGACCUCGGUUCCCGGUGCGUAGCGGAGGUCGCCGCGGCGCUUAGGAGAUGCCCCGGAGCGAGGCGCGUCAGAACGCGCCGUCGGACCCAGCGCGGGCAGAGCUAGCGCCUGAGUUUGCAGCUCAGCUCAGGAGGAUUGGAGACAAACUGUAUUUAGCUUGGCGUGAACCCGACAUCACUGAGGUGCUGGCGGAGAUGCCUAGCAAGAAGACGCAAAAGAGCGCGACGAGGAGCCCGAGCCCAACGCCGGGCCCAGCAGAUGUGGAAGAUGAGUUUACUCAACUCCGGAGAAUUGGAGACAAACUGAAUUUCUGGCAGAAACUUCUGAAUUUUAUUUCCAAGCUCUUUAAUUCAGUAACCUGAGUUCAUCAAAAGCUUUUGCAAGCAGGGACUCCUAAAAAGGAAGGUUCCCCAGUUGGUGCAAAUGUCUAUUAUGGGAUGGACAGUGAUGUGAUGGAGGGGGAUGCUUCUGAGCACAGAUCGUGAAUGGCAUGAAUGAAUUUCUUCAGAAAAGGUUUCAGAAACCUUUCUUUGUGCUGUGAUAACGUGAAACCACAUUCCUUUUAAAACGAGACAAGAGGAAUCAUGGGAAUAGGGAAGAAACUGUCUUUUGAGAGUUGUCUGGUGUCUUUGCCAAGGCUGUUGUCCUGAGUCAUGGGAAGGGGCGUGGCAAAUGAUUACAUCCGAUGGGGAUAGUUGUUCAGUAUUGCCUUUUCCUUUUUGACAGCAACUCCAGAAUAACGUGUACUAUUUAGUUUCAUUCACUUAAUCUUCUGAAAGGAAACAUUUAAUUUUUGUUAACAUUGAGUGUUAUAGUGAAUACUGAUUUUAUAAGUCACUGUGAACCUAUUGUGUCUACUUAGGUGACUUUUUUUUUUUUAAAGUUGAGGCAGGAUUUCUCUGGUUAACAAUGCUGUCUGUUCUGGAACUUAUUUUGUAUACCAGGCUGGUCUCGAACUCAGAGAUCCGCCAGUGUCUGCCUCCCAAGUCCUGGGCACUAAAGGCAUGCGCCAGCAUUGCCCAGCUGACUUUUAAGUGUGUUACUGUAACCAUUAACUGGAAAGUAUGGAAAGCCACCCUAUAACUGGAAAAAGUUAGAAGUAUUUCAAGGUCACUUGGUGUCAGUAAAAUUCUUGCAGAUUGAUUAUUACGUGAUAAAGAAAAUUGGGAUAUUAUGUAGACAAUGAAAAACAAACUUUUUAAAGUUGAUAUAAUUAAAACUUAGUAAAAGAUUCAUAAGAAGUUUCUAAAAUUUUAUAGCCUGCCACAAGUAUUUCUUAGAAGGUUUUUGGGUUUUGGUUUGCUUUUUUAAAGACAGCAUUUCUUUGUAUCUCUGACUGUCCUGGGAACUCACUAUAUAGAUCAGGCUAGCCCUAAACUCAGAGAUAGCCCCAUCUCUGCUCCCCCAAGCCAUUCCCACCUCCUCAGCUUUAGAGUUUCAUUUUUAAUUCAGGAUAUAAAUGUGAAACUCAAACUACUCCAUAACAAAUCAAUUCUGGUUAACAGAGGUAAGAGACUGGAAUUCCUUAAAAGGCACACAGAUGGCCAACAGAUCUGUGAUUCAGAGAAAGGUAAAUGAAAACCACCAGCCAAAAUGAAAGAUAGCAAGUGUUGUUAGGACUCAAGAAGAGAAAGAAUUUCUGUAGGUCUUUGUUAGGGUUGUUAGGUAGGAUGCCCACUUUGUUGAACAGCAUUGAGGUUCUUUUAUUAUUUGUAUUAGCUAAGACAGGGAAGUUAUCAGAGGCUGAGAGGGUUUUAAAAGUGGGAGUAUAACAAAAUUGAGCCUUAAAAACCUGGAAAUGUUGUUUGUUAAACCUGUACAUUUAUAUUUUGACAAAAGUCACAGACAACAAAUAAUAGGAAUAAGGUGGCUUGGGGAGGUGGGAAAAUGGCCACCCCAGCGGAAGUGAAUCCUGACGUUCUGAAUCCUGACGUUCUUUUAUACAACAAGGCGACUGCAAUUGGGAAAUGAGGUCAUGAUUGAGUUUUACCAGAAGUAAUUUAUUUUACUUAUUUAUAGUUGAAAUUUUUGUUUCAUUUGAACACGUAUGUCACUUUCAUUUCUGUUAUGAGACAAGGGUUUCGUAACACCGUGAAGGGUGUCAUAUAGCUAGUCACUUUGGAUGAACUUACCUCAGUAGUUAGUGGGCCUCAGCAUUAAGGUUUUCACUUUGAAGAUUUUUUUUUUCUUGGCCUAAAGGUAGACAGACAGUUUACCAAAUGUGUAUUUAUGGUCUGUGACUGUAUUUAUAUGUUUGUUUCUGAAGACCAAUCUUAUGGUCUGGACUAUUAAAUAGAGUUGAAUACAG